AUGGAACGAAGGCAAAGAGGAGUCAGUGCUGGACUGCUUUUGCUGCUUUAUCAAAUUUCUCAAGUUGGGCUCCAGAACAUUCCUUCUGUUACCCUUGGGGUACUUGUACUGAAUAUUUUUCUCUUUCUGAAUCCUUUGAGGCCACUGUCUGAAGUGUGUCUCAGUGUAAAUGAAGCUGUCUACAGAAAGAACUGGCAGCGUUUGCUGCUUGCUCCUUUCCACCAUGCAGAUGAUUGGCAUUUGUAUUAUAACAUGAUUUCCAUGCUUUGGAAGGGCAUAAUGCUGGAAAGAAAGCUGAAGAGCAUAUGGUUUGCCUAUAUAAUUGCAGUAUUUUCAGUACUGAUUGGAGUAGUUUACAUGGUGCUGGAACUCCUGGUUGUGAUAAUUCUGGAUGAUCCUUCCUAUGAAAUGAAUUGUGGUGUAGGUUUUUCAGGAGUCUUGUUUGCUUUGAAAGUUCUGAACAACUAUUAUAACCCAGGAAGAGUGAGCAGUGUCUUUGGAUUGCCCAUAUCCAGUAAAUACGCUUGUUGGGUGGAGCUGCUGGCUAUUCAUUUUAUCUCCCCAGGGACUUCUUUCGCUGGGCAUCUGUCAGGGAUUCUUGUUGGAUUGAUGUACACUAUGGGACCUCUGAAAAAGAUCAUGCAAGCCUGUGCAGCUGGCGUUUCUUUCUUCACUGAGCCUGACAGGCCAAGAGAUUACUAUUCAGAGUAUUAUGGCUAUUACCCAGAUUAUCAAUACAGAACUCCAAGGAGCUACUUUGAUUAUACAGGUGGGCUCACUGAAGAAGAACAGCUGGAGAGGGCAGUGCUAAACAGUCUUAAUGAAAGAGAUCUUGGUGGAGGAACACACAAUUAUGGGCAGCGACCUUAUGGGUUUUGGUUGCCACCUGAGAACUCAGAAGAGGACAUGAGAAGGCGAAGGCUUCGUAGGUUUGACAGAUGAUGAAGUUGGCAGGUGCUGAUGUAAAGUGCUAUUCAGACUUACCAAAAUAUUUACAGAUUUAUUUGUAAUCUGUAAUUUACACAAUAAUUUAUAAUAUUUUUCCAUUUUUUAACUGCAUAGGAUUUUGUGAGUUCAGACUCAGUUGGAACUUGAAUAAGAAAUGUGAGAUAAGAAUAAAUAUGUGAUCUUUGGCUGUCUCCAUCUUAAUGCACCUUAAAUGGAAGAAGACUGAUGGCUUUUCCAAACUGUCUUUUUUUCCUUAAAUUAUUUUGUAUAGCUUUAAGAAUUCCUUGGCUUCUUGACUGCUGAUGUUCUCAGACAACAGGUUUUCUUCAUCCAUUGCAUCUGAAGUGUUACGUUUUCUAUGUAACUUUAAAACUAUGCAAUUUUUCCUUACAAACCUUUCUCAGUUACCUGUGAUGACCAGCUCAUUUUUUGGGAUUGCCAUCUGAAAUGACACUUGAAAAGAUUGCUUUGAUGACAGUGGCUGGGUCAUGUGAAUCUAGGCUUAAGCUCUUGAGCAGACACAUAGGUGCAGCUAUCCUUCUCCUGCUGUCCUUACCAAGAAAUUAUUUAAUACAAACUACUGUGUUCCACACCAUAUUAUCUAGAGCUUGGAUGAGGUAAAACUGAGUUGUUACUACUUAUGUUUUCCUAAAGCCUUUCUGAAUAUUUAUGUUCUAAAUCAAAAAUCAAUGCUCUUUACGGAGCUGAAAUAAUUUGUUAGGAGUUUUGUGUAAGGGUAUGAGGCUAUGCCAUACAAAACAUAUAUUUAUUUAGUAAUAUACUUUUUUUGAAGCAUCUGUUUCCCUUUUUAAGAAGGCUUGGAAAUUUUGUUUUGUAUAUACUGUUCAUGCAGCUUUAAAAAUUCCACUAUAUCUCAAUAUUUAACUUGUUUGAAGACCAAUGUCAGAGCUGAGAGUU